AUGGAGCCAAGUUACGGUGUCGUCUCCAACAGUAAAGACAUGGCCCGCUGGAUUGAAUUCAUUCUCAGCUCUUCGACGACUGCAGAUUUGAAGCUGGAUCAAGACGGAAUCCCUUGCACUGGCUGUAGAAAAGUCUUUUCCAAGGGACCAGGUUCACCGCCAACGGACACGGAAGUCGUCUACGCUCUCGGAACAAGAACUGGAAUGUACAGAGACUAUCGAAAAUGGGUUCAUUCUGGCUCUUUUGGCGGCUACAAUUCUUAUCUCUAUAUGCUGCCUGAUAUGAAAAUUGGCGUUUUCACAGCGGUGAAUGGUGGAGGGGAUACUUAUGGGGCCAUGAGGAAGAUCAUUCAUUACGCUUUUGAUACAAUGCUCGGACUUGCACCAGACCUUUCAACAAGCAAUAUCGAGAGAAAUGAUCACGUGAAUCAGGAUAAUCGAGAGAGGAAAGGAUUGCCAGAUCUUUUACCGGCAAAUUUGGAAUCUAAAGAAACGGUUCUUUACCAGCCAAAGUCACUGAAGCCAGAGUUUUCGAACCUUAUUGGCUCCUACUAUCAUCCUCUUCUUGGAGAAAUGAAAAUCUCUAAGAAAAAUCGACGAUCUUGCCAGACCUACGAAAUCUACGAAAGUCUCUAUGUCCAAAUUGGAGAGCUCGGGACUGGUUGGAUUGAGAAUUUAGCUUUUUACGAUACUGGCUUGAUAAACGAAAAAUACAUGUAUCCCUUGUCAAUCGAUCCCGCUGAAAACGAGCAAUGCUGUGUCGGAAUUCGAUGCAAUGAGGUACAGAAGAUCAUUCCAGGAGUCUACCCACUCGUUGAAAACAACGAUUCUCCAGCGCUAGAUUCUUGGAUCGAUGUUGAUUUUAUUUGGGACAGUCGAGUUUGGUACGUGUCCGACUACGAUCCAGUAUUCACAUUCAAAAAGAGCUCAUCCGGCGAGUUCACUGUUGAAUUUCGCCGGGGAUCAUGGUCUUCUGAUGUCUAUGUUUUCACUCGAGAACGAAGAGAUGAGUUUGAAUGGACAGAUAAAUGCAACCUCAAUUCUUUGUAA